AUGUCGAUCCUUAACUCAACCACAAUGCACCAACAAAACUCCUACGGUUACCACAACAUCGAACACUUGGCCAACCCUUCAUCGAACCACCAACAAUUAGUAGACAACAACCACUUGUCACCUUACCAUUUAAAUAACAACAAAAAAGACUCCUCUACUACCCCUAAUAGUGACAUCCACCAAGAUGACAGAUGUCAGUCCCAACAGCAACAUUUCGGUCACCUUUCCAACCAUCUGCCGUCUGUCAGCGGUCAUUUGACCGCCAAUUCGGCACCUGGGCAUCUCACGAUGGCCGCUGGCGGUCAACAUCAUAUGGGGACGGGGGUUGGUGGUCAUAAUGGCCAGAGUUUGGCUGGUCAGGGCCAGGAGGGACAUAUUAAAAGGCCAAUGAACGCUUUUAUGGUCUGGUCCAGGCUGCAGAGGAGGCAGAUUGCUAAGGAUAAUCCUAAGAUGCACAAUAGCGAGAUUUCGAAACGAUUAGGUGCCGAAUGGAAACUCCUGACAGAGUCCCAAAAGCGGCCCUUCAUCGACGAAGCAAAACGGCUGCGAGCCCUGCACAUGAAAGAUCACCCCGACUACAAAUACCGGCCACGUCGCAAACCCAAAAACCCACUUCAGAUAACCCAUCCCCAUCAGCAGGCCUAUCAUCCUCACCAGAAGACCUUACCAGGUCAUCCUGGUAACCCGGCAGCAGGCGGUUUCCCAUCCUUCGCCCUGCCUUAUUUCUCAGGGCCACAAAUUUUAGGGGAUCCUUACAGGCCGUAUUUCGGGUCUUUGGAUCCGGUGGCCCAUUUUUCGCAGCUGAUGCAGGCCGAUCCGGCCAAAACUCUGAGUCUGUACUCUACUUUGUACCAGGGCCAACAGGCGACACCAACUUCGGCGUUGACUUCUGGGACAUCGACGGCGACUUCGAUGAGAUCGCCUUAUUUUACGGGUAACUCGAAUUUGUACCCAGGAUUCACGGGAAGUCCCGGGGCCAGUCCUGGGUCUAGCCCUGGCAGCCAGGAUAAUAAUAAUCACUUAAGACAACAAGGGCAGAUACAACAGUUUCCAAUGGAUAACAACGUUGUGGCCAAUGGCCAAAUCAAUGGCCAACAGUUGACCAAUCCUCAGGAUCUUAAACAGGAGUUUAAAUUCGAUGCUCUGAGGAGGCCGGUACCUGUUUUGUAUUAA